UUGAAGAUGACGUUUCCUAACUUGAAGACAUUGGCGUUGGACACGUUACACAAAAUGGAGCUGGGUGGCAUGGAGUUGGGCGUUGUUCUCGAAGCGUGUACAAAUUUGGACAUGAAGUUGGACCGUUUGGAUUUAUGGCUACCGGCCUAUCCGGAACGAAUGAGAGAUGUCAUUGAUGGUCUGUUAAAGGGCGAUAAAUUAUACAAAGACCUGAACCGAAUAGAAAUCAGGCCCCACAUUCGGAAUCGUACGAGACAUGAUUUGACCUACGCUGAGAAGUAUCUGUUUAAGGGGCUGCUCGCUGAGCUGGAAGGAAUGGAUCAGAUCGUCAUUCAUGGUCUUUAUUUUGGCGAUGAAUCUCUAAAAAAUCUUAGGGAUUUUAUGGCGUCGAACGAAAUGCCCGAGUCGAAAUUUAACGUGCUACAAGUGGGAUGGACGGAUGAUGAUGAGGAACGUGAUGGAAGUGAUUCCGAGUAGAGAAGAUAAGACGUGGCGAUGACUUUGUGAAGUUACGUCAGAUUUGUAAAAGUUUAUGUAUCUAAAAAAAAUUGUCAAAUGGAAGUUUAUGAAUUAAG